AGUGUCUGCCCAGAUUACCGCAGCCCAGUUGCAAGCUUUCGAAACCUUCCCGUUCUGAUCUUUGUGAUUUUUUUUGCCUUUUUCCUCCGUAGGUCCCAGCGACGCUUGUGCAGCAGCUUCGUGCAUCGGGCGUCCGCACCGCAACACCCGUCGAAUUUUCCAAGAGGAUAGUUUCUGGCCUAAGGCGUUGCUGGUGCUGACGGUAGUCUGUCUGGUCUGUUCACCAUGGAACAGUGGCAGUCACCAUACUCGGACGCUGCUGGCGCGUCUCGACGUUACAACAGCAGCGCCAGCAACAGCAACAGCAACAGCAACAGCGUCGGCCAGGGCCACAACCAUUUGUCGCGGGACUUCAAUGGUCAGCAACAGCAGCACCUGAAUCAACAACAAAACCAACACCACCAACACCACCAUCAACAACAGCAGCAACAGCACCACACGCCACAGCCGCCAAUCGCAUUCAAGUACGAUCAGUACCCGAGCUCGCAACAGUCGCAGAUUUACCAUCAGCAACAACAGCAGCAUCACCACAACCAGCAGCAACAGCAACAGCAGCCGCACCAACAACAACACCAUCAUCACAUCCCGAGUCUCAAUACCGCCACAUCGCCAAUUGCCACGCCGCAGAUAAGAGACGGCAACGGCGACGUCGCCAUGUCGGACGCUCACGAUCAAUACUCUGGAAUGAAGUAUCCAAUGCGGCCCCACCACCAAGCCCACCUCAGUGCCGGCGCCCGUCCCUCGAACCUGCACUCCCCCCAAGAGUCGUCGGCUGCCGCUCAAAGGUAUUCGCCCAUGGAGGUCAUGUCGCCUACGUCGCCGUACUCCCCUUACACGCCAAAGUCAUCGUCGGCUGGCGGCGGUAGCCACUUCUCCAGCUUGCCCCCGCAGCAGCGUCAGUCGCCUACGCGUGGUGCUUCCGACUACGGAAACUCCCUGCACAGCCCGUACCCUCCUCAGAGUCCAUACUACCCGAGUCGUCAGUCAUCCCAGUCCCAGGGUCACUCUCAAUCGGGCUCGCAGCAACUGCCGCCAAUUUCGUCGCACACGGGCGCCUAUGAUGGCUUCUCCCUAUCUGCAACCACCCCGACGACCGAGGCGCUCUAUCCCCCGGACCCCAAGUCGCCGAGGCGUGUCAUGCCCCCGCCCACAUAUUCUGCCCCUCAGCCCGUUCCUGAGCUCAAAAAGCUGCGGGCCUUGUCGGAUCUGCGACCCAAAGUCAGCGCGCAACCACCUUUCCGGCGAGCCAACCCCGAGGGUGGGUUUAUAAGCCCCCUGCAAGCUUUGACUGUUCACCUGCCUGCAACGUACAGGAUUUGCAACCCCAGCUUCAAGUACGAGUCCUCUCGCAACCCGCGUCGGGUUCUUACCAAGCCUAGCAAGGGUACCAAGAACGACGGGUAUGAUAACGAGGACAGCGAUUACAUCCUCUACGUCAAUGAUAUCCUCGGAUCUGAGGAAGCUGGACACAAGAACCGAUAUCUGAUCUUAGACGUGUUGGGCCAAGGAACUUUCGGCCAGGUGGUAAAGUGUCAGAAUCUGAAGACGCAGGAGGUUGUAGCUGUGAAAGUGAUCAAAAACCGCACCGCCUAUUUCAACCAGUCCAUGAUGGAGGUCUCAGUACUCGAUCUGCUCAACACAAAACUCGACAAGAACGACGAUCACCAUCUCCUGCGAUUAAAAGACACAUUCAUUCAUAGACAGCAUCUUUGCCUAGUGUUUGAGCUACUGAGUGUGAAUCUUUAUGAGCUAAUCAAGCAAAACCAGUUCAGAGGCCUUAGUACGACACUUGUUCGUGUCUUUGCACAGCAACUACUCAACGGCCUUGCACUUCUCAACAAGGCGCGACUGAUACAUUGCGAUCUCAAGCCCGAGAAUAUUUUGCUGAAGAAUCUCGAGAGCCCAAUAAUCAAGAUUAUCGACUUCGGCUCGGCAUGCGAUGAACGGCAAACAGUCUACACUUACAUCCAGUCACGAUUCUACCGGUCUCCCGAGGUCCUCUUGGGGCUGCCGUACUCGUCUGCCAUCGACAUGUGGUCGCUUGGUUGUAUUGUGGUGGAGCUGUUUCUUGGUCUGCCGCUCUUCCCUGGAUCAUCCGAAUACAACCAGGUAUCUAGGAUCGUUGAGAUGCUGGGCAACCCGCCCAACUGGAUGCUCGAAAUGGGCAAGCAGUCUGGGGAGUUCUUCGAGAAACGACAGGACGAGUUCGGGAGGCGAACAUACCAGCUGAAGAGCAUGGAGCAGUACUCAAAAGAGCACGGCACGAAGGAACAACCCAGCAAAAAAUACUUCCAGGCCAACACUCUGCCGGAAAUUAUCAAAACAUACCCGAUGCCACGGAAGAACAUGAAGCAGAGCGAGAUUGACAGAGAAAUGAACAACAGGAUUGCGUUCAUUGACUUUGUCAGGGGGCUGUUGACCAUCAAUCCCUUGGAAAGGUGGUCUCCUCAACAAGCAAAGCUUCAUCCUUUCAUCACUCAGCAGAAGUACACAGGGCCCUUUGUUCCGCCCAUGAACCUCAAGUCAAGCUCCCUCAACCGAUCCCCGGCACCUGGAACCCAACAGCAACAACAGGCUGAGGCUCUUAGCAAGCAGCGAGCCCAAGCCGCACAGGCACAAGCCAAUUCCGCGGUUCAAGGAGCAUAUGCAUCAAUGGCUUCGCCGGCGCAGUAUCAGCACCAACCUGGUCACCCGCCGUCAGCUCCACCAGUGUAUGCCAACAAUUCUGUUUACGCUGCGGGCGGCAGUCAUGCACCACCAGCGCCUCCACCGUACGCGACCUCGCAGGGUGCGUACGGACAGAUGUCGCAGUCUCAGCCGCCGGCGCAGAUGCCUCCAGCCAACUACGCAGGUGUUCCGCCCCAACAGGGACAGCAGCAGCAGCAGCACCAGUCUCAGAAUAACAUGUAUGCUCAGCAGAGGUCCCGCCCGCGAGCGUCUACCAUGGAGCAACAUCACCAGAGCGGUAUUCCUGCGGCGAUCCAAAGGGUGGCCAGCCACCUGGAUCCCAGCCAGCCAAUUCGACUACAGCCCAGCCCAGCAUACUACCCCCCUCCCUCCGAUAGCGGUGCUCUUAUGGACAACACUCCUGGCCGUAUGGGCCCUAACAGAAGAGGUAGUCGUGCGCAACCAGGAGGUCGCGGCAACAACAAGGACUUUAUCCGCAAUCUAGAGGAGCGCACACUCGAAGAAGGUUUUAUGAGCAGUUCUCAGCAAGGCUCUUGGAAUUGAGUCUGAAAAAGGCUGCCUUAUAUUGGCGGCCGAUGGAGUCGAUUGUCGUUUUCUUUUGCUUCGGCAAUCCGCGAGUGUCAUUCCACUGACAUGACGACAUCAUUCGUCGACUGGCAAGCGUUUUACGCGAUAUAUGGACAGCCACGGUUCUCACUGACAUCGAAGCCCUUGACGAAUUUUGUUGGACACGUUGUCACUUAGGGCAACUUGCCCCAAGUGGGCUGAUAUCGCACCUGCUCUCCCUUGGCAUGUGACGCGAACGAAGAAUUGCAUGUUGCUGGGUAUUCACCAGUGCGCCUUAGCUGAAGAUGGCAACAGGAGGGAGAGCGAGAUGUGCCGGAAGACGAGCCGUCAGCAGCGUCGCCGACGAGCGCCAUACAAUAUACACUAGGGCAGGCAGCAGCGAUGUGAAGGGCUAGUCAGCCGUUCUCUCGCUCUCGAACCUAGCACCUUCAGAUGUUUAGGGGCGUUAGGAUAGGGAAAUUAGGCAAAACUCUUGAGAUUGUGUCUAGUCCCUUUGUUUUCUGCUCUCUUUGUACACAGGCUUUGUACCUUCCAGUCUCAGACCCAAGGUUCUUCGCGGGAGUGGGAUAGGCCCAUUGUACGGAGCCUACAUGCGGACAGUUUUGGGGGAUGAAUACAAGGGAGGCGAUGUGAGCGAUUUGAAGAGUCCAAUUUCGCUCGUCGGCAUGGGUCCUGGUUAAGAUGUCACGACUGUUGCAGAAAAGCUCACCUGGGUUGACGGAGGCAUGUCUGAGGCAGGGUUGAUUUGAAGGGUGGAUUCAACUUGGGUUGAUACAUCGAAGGACAAGUUAGGUGUUUUUCUUCCUGUUUUUCUUUGCUCUUUUUCUUUCGGCUCAUGAGACGAUUGGCCGGCCCAUCUUGCCCCUGCUUUGUCGGUUCAACGAAGCUUUAUAUCUAUAUCUUUUCCUUCAAUUUUGUAAGAGUAGUAAGGUGCUUGGAUCACGGUAUGUGAAAAUGCAUCAAAAGCAAACAUGUCAUGUUCCUUGAAACUUGGCCCGCUGGUCCGCGAGGACGCGGGGAUAAAAGCGAUACGUGCAAAAGCUAUUGAUUGAGGUUGUUGGCUGGGAGUGGCAACGUCGGACAAGGGAUUUCCAUGCUUUUUGAUGGUUAUGUCUUCCAUAUUCCAAGUAAUUAAUACCAAUGGAUUAUCAUAACGCCAACCGCCAUGUUGGUACCAUGGCAAAUGGCGGAUCUGUCCAUAAUGGCCAGAAAUCUUUUGAGAUAGUUCAUCAUUAGAAUGAUGAGCCACAGAGGCGGCGUCAUCGAUUCAGUAUGGC